AUGUCUGUAACACAAGAAGAAGCCAGGCUGCCUGCAACUGACCAUGGGCGGUUACCAGCCCUGUCAGACACAGUGAGUUUAGUGUCAGACAGCAGCACUGCCAAUACACCUAGGAAUCCUACUGUAUCAAUAGUCCAGCAAGCUGCAUUUUGGGCGACUGAUGUCAGAUCCAGGAUUGAUAAAAAUAUCACAAGUGGAAAAGAGGUUGAAUUUUCAGAUAUUGAUUGGUUGACUCAAGAGUUGGUAGCAGUCUUCAUAACAGCCUUGCAACAAGAUAGCCAUCAGUACUGGUUAUAUGUGCAUGAAAUUUUUAAUCUUUUAUCACCAUAUGCAAAAUAUUUACAAAGAAAUCAGCAGAUUCACCAUUAUUUAGAAAGAAUAUAUUACCACAUACAGAGUGUUAAAGAGAAAUUCUUUGAUAUCCCUAUGGUGCAGAGAAUGGCAAUGAUAUUUCCAGAAGAAAUGGAAAGAAUACAGCGAGUUGGCGGUAACAGUCGUAACUACCGCACACCAACCCCACCACGGCCCUUGAUUGUAACACCAAGGAGAUCACGCCAAACUGAUCCAAUGAAACUACCUAAUGGCAACAAUCCAUUUGUAUUGGAACGCCAUGAUGAUGUGGACAAAGUCCGGCCGAAAGGAUUGUCAUUUGGUGACUUGGCCAAAUCUUUGCCUGCUGUCAUUGGUGAAACAUCAAAAAGAGAAGCAGUAUGGAGUGAAGGAUUUGGUUUGAUGGCCCAAGCAGUCGGCACAGAGUUGCCUGAACAUCCUGAGACUGAAUCUCAAGCUGAGAGGCCAACUCGUACAUCUGAGCCAUUUUCAUGGUCUGUUGAUCCAUCCUUGUUUAAAGACGAUUUCACUGUCAGUGAGGAAGCUGAUGAGGAACCUGAACUGCCACCAAUGACUGGUAAAGAAGCAGUGGAAAUGUUUGGCCGGGGAAAGCACCUUGGUAAAGUCAAGUUUGUUUACUUGAACAAGGCGCCUUCUCGCCAUUUUACACCAUAUGAUCUGGUAGUGGUUCCCAAACACAAGGCCAAUCCCAAAGAACACUGGGUGAUGUCGUGCUUUGGUGUAUUACAUGUAUAUAAAAACAAACCAUCUGAGACUACAACAUUACAUGAAUGGCACAGGGAAUGUGUAUUGUGGAAUACAAUUACUAAACUACCUUUCUUUAAAGAGUUUCUCAUCAAAAAAGCUUUUUUGAGAUGGAGGGCUAAUAUAAAAUACAGUGACUUUGCUAGAAUCAGACAUAAAAUUGAUAUCACAAUGAUUCCUAAUGUACCUAGCUUUGGUGCUGCAUUGUUACAAAUAUCUAAACUAUUACAAGAGCUUGGCACUAUACAGUUCCUACCGUAUGAACUCACGCAAUGUUAUAACCUCGUUCAGUUUGAGCAAAAUAUUGUGAACAGAAAGAAGGAUGCAGAGGUGUUACUAGAGAAAUUCUUCAAGUUCUGUAAACUUGUAGUAGACGUGACAUGUGAACAAACUUUUGAGAAAUUGAGAUUCUGUGAAACACAAGCCAGGCAUCAAAAAGUAAUCUUUUCUAAGGAAUCUUUGUAUUUACAAAGAGUAAAACGAGAACAAAGAGAAGAGAAUCUUUACUUGGCAAGGGAGGAGACUGGCAAACUUGGUAAUUUUGUACGAUUGGUUGACCAGAUGUUGCUGGCACACCUGGUUGCAUUGGCACGUGUCAAUAUCAGUACGUUUGUAGGCGUUACCAUGCAAGCUGGCAAGGAGGCCAACCGAGAUGCUCUCUAUAAAGCAAAAUUGAUAUUCACAACAAAACAUGCAUUGACUGUGUUUCCAUCCAAAGAUAAAUUCACAAACACCAUACAUCAAAUACUGCAUAAUAUUCCUGUAGUACUGUGUGAGAUGGCACAGCCAAUGGACUUGGUUGCCAGUGCACCGUCACCCACACACAAGUCAGAAAGUACAUUAACAAAGUCUGGUUUCAAUACAACCGAUAAAACCCAAUCAUCAGGAAAUACCACAAAGACAGAUGACGAAUCAAGUGACGCAAUAAUGAAACCGCGUAUUGAUUCACCAGUGGAAGCAACUAAAUCAGAAGAUGAAAUCGGUGUUGCCACGCCGGACCUGUGUGUACGUCCUGAGACUGAGAUGCUAAUAGGUGGGCAGGGAUUUAUGGGACAGUACAGUCCCUUAUCUAAAGGAAAUCUAGCUGAUAAAUUAUCAAAUGAUGAGAUUGUCUCCGAAUACCUCUCCUUGCAUACAAGUAUCAUGUCAUCUUCUCUGUCAGACAUUGAUCAGUUUUGUCAAGAACAUGCCUGGUUGGCUGAAAUUCACAAAUUUGUGAAGACUUGGAAUCGGGAUUCCUGUAAGGUGUUCCAGAGAGCUGAGGCUUAUACUAUUGAGACAAAACUGGGUGAAAUCCGAAACUGGACGGAACAGGUGAAAAACGUGGAAAGAUACUUUGUCACUGAGAAUGGUUUAAUAUAUGUUGACUGUGGAGCAAUACAAGAAGACAUUAUUCCCGGUCUCAGCGGGGCAUUCCGAGAUUUACUCAACUACACUGCUCAUCAAGCUAAAAACUUGUCAACAACUUUCAGUACUGAAGUGCAAAGAGUUGUAAAAGGUAUGAGAGAAAAGAAUACAGAUAUAGAAUCAUUUGCGGAAUAUGCCAAACAAUACAUGAGAUAUAAGAACAAGACAGUGGACUUACAGACAGAAGUGGAAUAUAUCAAGUCACUCUUUGAGGUCAUCAGACUAAGCUAUAGAGCACUGACGAGUGAUGAAGAGAAACAUGAAGAGAAAGUCUGGCAUGCUUGGGAAGCUUUCCUACUACAGCUACAAGAUGCUUCAGAGUUUGUGAACACACAGACACCAAUAGUAGCACAACAACUUCAAGAAACAUUCCGGAAUCUAACUCGGGAGGCGGAGAGGAUUUGUAAAACUGCCACUACCGGAGCUUUCCUAGAUCCCUCACAGAAUCCAUCCAAGUUACUGACGCACAUGAGAAAACUCCGUGAACAGUUUGAUGAAGUACAGACCAAGAUGGUGAAGUACAGUAAAUACCGUGAAGCAAUCCUUGGUGAGCCUUAUGAUGUAUCAGGAUUGACUGACAUGAUGAAAAGGAUGGAGGUCCGAGCAGAACUCUGGAAAUAUGUUGAGGUUUCUACUUUUGCAAUCCAAGAAUGGAUGCAACAGUUGUUCAAAAGGUUUCAUGUGAAUAAAGCAUUGGAUAAGAUCACUGAAUGGCAGCAAGCUGCUGGUCGAUUGAAAGACCGUAUUCCACAAGGGGAUGAAGUGCUCAAACAUUGGUAUAAAUUACUGAAUGAUUUCAAACAAGACUUGCCACUGCUGCAGAAACUGGCAAGUGACUCACUCAAACCGAGACACUGGAAAGCUUUAUUUGUUGGUAUGGGACAGAUCUACCAGCCUGGCUAUGCUUACACUGUAGCUGAUUUGCUAUCAUUCAACCUCAAUGAACACAGUAUGUUGAUCAAUACUAUAUGUGCCGGAGCCACUGCGGAGUUUGCUCUCGAACAAACACUGAAUAAACUCAGAAAAAUGUGGGAAUUAAAGGAAUUUCAGUUAGCAAAGCAUAUACCAAUUAUCAAGGGGGCUAAGAAAAAAGAAUCACCCAUCCAUAAAGGCAAGAAAAGAGGACUGUUGAAGAAAAGUCAGGCUGAAUCACGACAACUUCCUGAUAUGUACACAUUGACUGGUUACGAUGAUUUGAAAUAUCUGUUACAGGAUAAUCAAGUGACCAUACAGAGUAUGUUAGGAUCACAACAUUUAGCAGAACUUAGACCUGAAGCUGAGAAAUGGGAAAUCAUUUUACAAGACAUUGAAGACAUGACGGAUCUAUGGAUUACUUCACAGACUAAGUGGCAGUAUUUGAGUAAAGUAUUCAGUGACCCAGAGAUGUGUAAAAAACUACCUGAAGAAGCAAUCAAGUUUGAAGACGAUGUGGAUUUGAAAUUCCAGGAAGUGAUGAAGGCUGUUGCUGGUGAUUCCAGAGUUUUGUCGAUUCUAAACAAACGAAAAGGAGCAAAAGGAUGGAGAGAACUGCAAGGGGAUCAUCUUAAACAAGUGUUCCAGACCAUCAUAAGAAAAGCGGAAGAGAUCUUGCAAUCCAUGGAAAGAUUCCUAGAUGAUGUUCGUAACCAGUUCCCAAGAUUAUUCUUUCUCAGUAAUGAGGAGGUUGUAGAAAUGAUUUCCAUCUCAAGGAAUACUAAACUUUGGCUUCCGUAUGUCCGGAAAUGUUUUACUGGUAUUCGUUCUCUUGGUUUUGCCUUGCCACAAUUAGCUGAGGCAGACAGAAUGAAUACAGCAUUGGAUAUGGCCCUUCAUGCUGAUAAGUUAGAAGUGAUUAGCUUGGAAGGCGAAUUGGGUGAGAAAGUUUCACUGGUCUCCCCUGUUGAAGCUAAACCUGAUGUUGGCAAAUGGUUGUCUGCUCUAGAACUGAAUAUGAAAACAACUCUGGGAACUCUGUUAAGAGUAUGUGUUGAAACACGACUCAAUGAAGGUCUGAGUUUCCCAGGGAAGAUAUUAGAAGAGUUGUCUGCAUUUGAAAACAAUGACCAAGAGAGCAAAGAAUUGAGUGAAGCUGUGAAACAUAGCUACAGACAUUGGUUGUUACGAUUCCCAGCUCAGGUUGUCUUGACAACAGAAGCAUUAUUCUGGGAAAAAGAAGUUCACAAUGCACUGAAAUCCAGCAAAAGUCAAGAAGAAUUAGAAAAAAUAAGAGAUUCUUAUCAUUGUCGUUUUGAUCAAUAUCUAAGUGUCCUACAUGACAAUUGUCAUCAUUUCUUGACGUCACACACUAGAGCUAGACUACAAGUAUUACUGGGUGGAUUACUAAACCAAGGAUUACAUCUAAGAGAUAUUAUAGAUAAUUUGCUUCUGUGUGAGAGUCCCAGUGAUAAAUGCUUUGAGUGGUUGAAAGUACUACGAUACCACAUGGAUAUGAAGUCUGUGUUAUGUGCACAGCCAUUACCACCAGCAGACAUGGAAGAUGCAACAGAUGAUUCUACCCCAAGGAGAGCCCCAAGGAUGUCCACUGUGGUAUCAACUGGUUACAUCCUGGGUGAAUGUAACCUACAUCAGCUAGGUGGGUCAUUUCCUUAUGAUCACGAAUACAUUGGACCCACUUCUCGUUUGGUUGUGACGCCUUUAACAGAUAGAUGUCACAUGACUUUAACAAUGGCGCUGAAGAAUCACCAAUGUGGAACUAUCAUGGGCCCGUCUGGUACCGGGAAAUCAGAAACAAUAAGAGAUCUGGCUAAGACAAUGGGAAGGCACUGCGUGACGUUUAAUUGCAAUGAAUCCCUGCAUGCUAACCUGAUGAGUCGACUGCUGACUGGUGCCAUACAGGCAGGUAGCUGGUUAGUAUGGGAUGACAUGGACCGUAUGCCAUAUGAAAUGAUGUCAGUGAUAGCUCAGGAGCUAGAGUACCUGAAACAAACAUACAGAGUGUUGGAGUCUACAGGGGAUAAUCAGUAUGGAACUAGGGGGACUACCAGACAAGAUAAGCGAAGAAAAACUAAAAGGAGGAAUUCCUUGACUACAUUGCAUUCCUUACCGACAAGACCAAACUUGGAAAAAGAAAAGACAUUCCCUAAUUACACAAAGGGCCCAGUGACUAAUUAUUUUGAGGAAACAUUUGGUGGUGAGGAGGAUGCCGAUGAUGAAUGGGAAGAUUAUCAAGACAUUUCCGUGGUGAGGCAAAGGCGCUACUCAAUCAGUAAAGCUGUACAUCUUGAACGAGAGGACUACUAUGAAGAGAUCAGCCCUAUACCCUUAUUUGGUGACAUGCAUGGGCCAGCACGGUAUAUGAGGACCAAAAAUAAAACCGAUGCCAGCUUUGCUCAUUUGUCAAAGUGGUCCUAUACACCGACUUCUCUGGGGAAUUUAUUAUUCAAUGGUAAUCUUCUGACGGCCGGUGGUAACUUUGGAAGUUUCAUGACAUUAAACAGCGAUGACAGGAAAUGUCAGGAUAUUCCUUUUAGUCUGAGGUUGGUGAUGAGACCUGUUGCCAUGGUGAAACCAGAUAGAUUACGUAUCCUGGAAGCCAUUUUAUGCUAUAAAGGUUUCGGUGGUUUCAAAGAACUGGCUUGUAAACUGAAUAUUUUUUAUGAUAUAAUUGAAAAACAGUUACCGGAUGAUUCUAGUCGAACAAUUGGUCCAGGAUUACGCGCAAUGAAAAUUUCUAUCCAGAUAGCUACAGUUAAACUUUUUGGCAGAAGACAGCUUCAUCAGCUGGGAAGUGGGAAGAGCACAAGCAGUGCAGCGCCCUCAGUGUCAGAGAUACAAGAAGAAAAUGACAUUUUUGAUGGCACUGACAUCUCAGAAUUUGAUGAUGACAGUAUUCGUGAGGAGGCAGCGCUCUUAUUUGGAGUACAGAAAACAUUAUUGUCUAGACUGCAUUGCGUAGAGGCCCUACAGGUUGUGAAACAAGCAAUACGUACAGUGUUCCCACACAGUAGUCGUCCAGCCUCAGCUCAAGAACAUGACCCAGCAUUAGUGAGUGCUAUCCAAGAACAAUUAGUUACAGAUCAGCUGCAGGCCACCCCACAGCAUGUGUCAAAGAUUCUACAAUUGUAUGAAAGUUUACAACAGAAGUCGGGGGUUGUUUUAGUUGGUGCGUCAGGUAGUGGCAAGACUACAAGCUACAAGACACUGGGAAAAGUUUUGAACACGUUGCAUUUACAUCCGCCAUCAAAAGAGGACACAAUGCAGCCAACUGCUCCAAUCAGAGGUCUCAGAAUUAAGCUGUUUGGUUGCAAUACUAGGAAUGGUGCUUGGCAAGAAGGAAUUGUACCCAAACUACUGCAUGAAGCAAAUGCACAGACAGUGGCAGCUGCUGCAGUAAUAGAGCAACAUAGUGAAAAACCAUCUGCCCAACAGUUAGCAAAACUACCCAGUAUUGUAAAGAAAUGGAUUGUGUUAGAUGGUAAUAUGUCAUCGCAGUGGGUAGAUAACAUGAACACUUUAUUGGAUGAACACAAGAAGUUGUGUCUGAAUAACGGAGAGCAAGUCAACAUUAUGGAUUCCACCUCCAUGGUGUUUGAGACAUGUAGCAUUACAAAUUCCUCUCCCUCCUUGCUGGGUAGAAGUGCCAUAGUAUACUGUGGGAGUGAUGUUGUACACUGGAAGAUGUUAUUUGAAUCAUGGUUACAGACUGCCAAAAAUAAAUGGGAAUUGUUCAAUGUCAGUUUGAAAGUGUUGUCAUCUUUAGUGGAUGACACAUUUGGUGCUACUAUCAAGUUCCUGACCUCAGAAUGCGCCUCCACUCUGACAGCAGACACAACCACUUCCCUGAAUCAGAACAAUGGCACAACAACUGGUAUCCAGGAAGUGACAUCAUUUCUCAACAUUUUAUCAUCUUUAUUUGAUAAGCAUCUCCUGAGAGAAGAUGAAGAUGAAGGCAAUGAGAGUGAUGUAAUGAAAAAUGCCUCGUCUGCUCCAUUAGAUAAAUUAGAGACUCAUAGUCGUCCAGUCACUGGUUCUACAUUAAGUCGACAAAGUUCCAGUCUUGAAGAUACCAUGGCACCUAAUCAUAUCCAACGGAUUGUUGGCAUGUUUACAUUUGCAUAUAUUUGGGGAUUUGGUGGAAAGCUACACGAGAGGUACAUUGAAGAAUUUGAUAGUUUUACUCGACAUACACUUCAUCGUGCAAGACACGAUAUACGUUUACCAAACCAUGGUCUUGUAUUUGAUUAUGCUGUAGAAGUUAAUACUGGUAUGAUGAUAACAUGGAGAGAAUUUAGUCAAGAUGGUGUCAAGACUUUACCAACCGGCUACACCAUUGUCCCAGAGGUUGAAAGAUACGCCUAUCUAAUAGAUCUAUUGUUGGGCAGUAACCAUCCAGUUAUGUUGACAGGUCCACCUGGUGUUGGCAAGACAUCACUUAUUCAGAAUAUGGUUCCCAACAAACAUUACUUUACCAGAAUGGUUUUAUCAACCGGUAUGGACUCUCCCAUGAUGCAACAAAUGAUUGAGAAACAGCUGGAUCGAGUCCGGCAGAGAAUGCCUGUUGCAGCAACCGAUCAACGAAAGAACAAAGCAUCCCAUUUGUUUUUCUUAGAUGACUUGAAUGCUACAAGUUCUUCUGACACAGGCUCCAUACCCUGCUUGGAAUUGCUGCGACAGAUGUUGAGUCAGUGUGGAGUGUACGACAGACAUCGCUUCUAUCUAAAACCAAUUGAUGAUGCCAAAUUCCUGGCAUCCAGUGUGUCACCUGGAGUAUCGGGCAUAGGUACUGAGACUGCUCAUCAGAUUAUUGACCCACGACUGGCUAGACUAUUCACUGUCUUUACCCUGUUCCCCUUAACCAGUCAAGCCAUGCAUCAGGUAUAUGGUAAGCCGCUACAGAACUGGUUGGAAGAGUUCCCAGCUUACAGUAUUUCACAUCACUAUGAACUGGCUCAUGCUAUCUUGUCAGCAACAAUGGACUUAUUUAACAUGGUGAAGAAGAAUCUGACUCCUACACCGGUCAAUGCUCAUUACAUAUUUACCUUGCAUGAUGUAGCAAGGUGCAUAAGCAGCAUGUUUUUACUUUCACCAAGGUCAAGAGGGCGCCCCAAACCUGGUCGUAAACGAGGUGGCGGUGGGGGUGGUGGUGGUGGUGCAGGAGGUGGAGGCAGUGGAGCUUCUGCUGCUAAAAGUCAAUCAAGCCAAAUAAUUAAAUCAGCAAGUAUACCAUCUGUGGGUGGACAGUCUUCAGACAGUAGCCAAGCUAGUAACGUCAAACAGAGCCAGAGUUGGAUGUCUUUUGGUAGUACUAGUGAUGGCAAAGGGGUACCCACAGUAGUAACUCCUCCCUUGAUGCGACUUGUGGUGCGUCUGUGGUGCCAUGAAGCAUCCAGAACGUAUUAUGAUCGACUUAUUUCUGAAGAAGAUCAAGUAUGGUUCACUAAGCAACUGUUGGAUGUUGUGGAGCGACAUUUCUGUUCUGCUGCUGAUGAUAAUGGAGGACAGGAAAUGGAAACUAUACAUGAGCAACUUGAACAGCUUGAUUCUGAGAGUGAGGUCAUUCGAGUGAAAAUGCCUGAAAACUUACUGAAAAGAUCAUCGGUGACACCAUUGAGUAGCAUCAGCACAGUUACAACACCAAGAGAUGAGGAUAGAAAAACAUCAACUCCCGUUGCUCAGAGCGAUGAACGGAAAUCCCAGACACCAAGAAAAGAUAUUUCAGAGGGAAGAUCCCCUUUACUGUUAGUAGCUGACGAGACAGAGGCUAAAAAGGGAAAAGGUAGUACACCACAAACUACAGUCACAACAUCCUCGACAACACCAUGGACUGAACGUGAAACAGAAACUGAGUCAAGGGCUUCACAGGCCAGCACUUCAUCAGAGACAACCUCAGGUGAUGUUACACCAUACUUACCAACUCCAAGAUCUGAAACCAGAAAAGAAUCAACAUCAGAAAGAGACACUGGUACUGGUACAGGUAGUAGGAAAGGUGCAUCAACUGGUAUACUACGUAUAUCGUCUACACCGAGCAAACCAUCAACACCAGGAGUGUUGAAACCGACCACACCUGGGGAAGCUAAAUCAGGUGGAUAUCGACGUGGUGUGACGUUUAAACCUGGAUUGAUCGGAGACGCACACCAGGGACGUUACACAGGACCGUUGAUUCCAAUGGAUCAGAUCUGCAAUCCUGGACAAAACCUGUGUAAUAUUCUGUUCAGUAUGUCUCUCUAUGCUAGCGGUGAUCGAGGUUACAAUGAAAGUACUAGUAGUCAGCUAAUGGAUGGUGUCACACGCUGUUUGAACUUAUAUAAUGAGAAAUAUGCAACUAAAAAACUUGACAUUGUGCUCUUUAAAGAAGCUCUGCAUCAUAUAGCAAGAAUCACAAGAGUUCUGGGUACCACAGGAGGGAACGCUCUGUUGCUUGGUAAAACUCACUGUACCGGUAGGACAACACUGACCAAGCUGGCUGCUUAUGCUGCAAGAUGCAAGUUGUACGAACCAAAGCCAUCCUUUCGAGGGGACAUGGCAGCGAAUAGAAUGAAACUCAGACAGUAUAUACGAGAAUCUAGCAACAUUGCUGGGUUACAUGGGAAACCGGUGGUGCUGUUAGUACGGGAUACAUUAGGUGAACAAUGCCUGGAAGACGUGUGUGCUGUGAUGUCACAAGGUACGCUACCCGGUCUGUACAGCGACGAAGAGAUCGAAGAAAUUGCCACUGCUAUGCUGCCAGGGUCAAAGGGUGGGGGUCACAGAGGUCAGCGACUGGAGAUGGCUGUAGAAAGAUACUAUCGUCGCGUUUGUAACAAUAUGCACAUCAUUGUAUGCAUGGAUUUCAGUGAUAUAAACUACAGCAAUUCUAUUGAAAUCUUGCGUCGUUUUCCUGCACUGCUGACACGUUGCUGCUGUGUCGAUGUCUACUUCCCAUGGUCCCAUGAGGCAUUGGUCAGUGUUGCUCAUCAGUGGAUAAGACGGGACGCUAUGGACAAAUUUACUGGAAAGCUGUACAAAGUGCCCUGGCGAUUGGAUGACCCGGCAAGUCAGCUGUCUGCUGUGUGUAAUGCUAUGGCAUACAUCCACCAGUCUGCUGAGCACAUGAUAGAAGGGUUAUUCAAAGCACAGUUCAAGUUCUACACACCGACCACAUAUCUGGAGUUCAUUGACUUAUUCAAACACAUAGCAUCCAAAAUGGCUUCCCACCACCAGAAAACUAUCAGCACUUAUGAGAGAGCACUGAGUCGAAUAGAUGUAGCAUAUAAUACUAUUGACAGCUAUAACAAUGAUGUUGGCAGAAUGACUCCAAUGUUACAGCAAGGUGCAUCCAAUGUAGAUGACAAACGCAGAGAAGUUGAAGCCUUGAAGGAACUCUAUCAAAAGGCUAAAGAGGAAUGUGCUCUGGAUGAGGCGGAGAUUGCUAAGAUGUCGGCACCAUUAGAACGGCGAAAAAAAGAAGCACAGGAGGAACAAGAAAAGGUUGAUCCUAUCUAUGAUGCAGCAUUAUCGGCACUCAAGAGUUUGAAUCCUCUUGAUGUAAAUGAAAUCCGGAGCUACAGAGUUCCACCGGCAAUUGUUGUCAAUGUAGUGAAUGCAUUGUGUCUUCUAUUUAAACAACCCUAUGAUUGGGAAAGUGGUAAGGGUCUGCUCAACAGAGAGAAUUUCUUCCAAGAUUUGGAGUUCUAUGACAAGGACAACAUUCCGGAAGACAUCUUCCAACGUUUGAACAUACUGUUCAUCCAGGAUCCUGAAUUCCGUCCCGAGGUGGUAGGGGAAUCCAGUAAAGCAGCCUCUUCACUGUGUCUGUGGGUCCAUGCCAUUUAUGCAUACUCGGAAAUUCAUAGGAACUUGCAACCCAAACUGGAAGCAGUAGCUGAUCAGGAAGCUAAAAUAAAUGAGGCUCUGAGGGUGCUUGGCGAAAAACGAAAACGUUUUCAAGAAAUUAAAUAUAAACUUGAGAAUAAGAUCCAAAUGCAGCGAGAUGCCAUGCGGAGUGUAAGAAACAUGGAAAAAUCCAUGAGGGAAACCCAGAAACAUAUAGCAAAGGCAACCGCUUUGGUAGAUAACAUGUCAACGCAAAAUACUGAAUGGAGAUCAAGACUGUCACAGGCGCAGUAUGAGUACAACACAGCUCCUGGUGAUGCAUUGAUAGCUGCAGCAUGUGUUUGCUAUCAUGGACCAAUGGAACAAUUUGCCAGAGAUGUCCUAGUGCAAGACUGGAUUGAAAGAUGCAGAACUGGAAAGUUUGUCUUGCAAUCUUUUGAAACUGAGCUACCUGUGGCGCAGUCUGUCACGCCAGCGCUAGAACUUGUCAUCCAGGCAAACAAAGAUGAGAAGCCAGGUUCUAGAAAAGGUUCUAGAGAGACAAACAGUGCUGGAAGUACUAAACUAAAGCUGCAAGCAGAGGUUGAGGCAGAGUCUAUUUAUAGUGAUGGUACUAUUGACAGAGAAGAGACUCCUGACACAGCUAUUGGUAGUUUAGGAUACAGCGAUUUGCAUGAUGCAUUAACACCAGCCAACAUUGUGCAAAUAAGAGAUCCUUUUACACUGCAAGAUGUCUUGAGUUCUGUAGAAGAACAAGGUGACUGGUACCAUCGUAGUAUACCGCAUGAUAACUUUGCUGUACAGAAUGCGUUAAUACUGCGUAGUUAUGGCCGUGAUGGUCGUUAUAGUUGGCCUCUCAUAAUUGAUCCUGACAACCAGGCUGGCUCAUGGAUACAACUGUUACAGGAGACCAUCAGAUCAAAUGAUGAUGUGGAAGAAGAGGCAACCAGAAAAAUACCAUUGUCAGUCAUAGAUGAGAAAUCAGAACCAGGUGAUGUGGUUGUAGCAGCCACAGUGGCAGAUGAAGUGCCAAUCACAGACUGGGAAUCCCAUCCCCCUGAUGAUGAUGGAGGCAGAGAAACAGGGUUUACCAUUUCUACCAUUGUUGAAACUGAGGGUGAUCCUUUCACACCCAGAACAGUCACAAGCUUUGGUGAUGCUGUCACCCCAGCAACCACCCGUGAUCCAUACGCCGACAGUGAGACAGCCACUGACAUCCAUGGUGGCAGUGAGGUAGACAUGUUUGAAGCCUGGGACAUUGACAUAGAUACUGACCUGGAAUUACCUAUGGACAAUCUGUGGAUGGUCUCGGCUGAUGAUCCUAAUCUCAAUUAUAGAGUGGUGCACUCUGUGGCCUUUGGUUUGACUCUUGUGAUCACUCACGUUGAGAGACUGCCACCGGACUAUGCAUUGUACGAACUUUUACAUCGUAACAUUACUGUUGAUGUAGACGGCAAGCAUCACAUCAAGCUUGGUGGUAAUGACUUUGAUUAUAAUCCAGAUUUCAGACUGUACCUGCUGACAUCAGUACCUAUACAUAUCAAAGGCACUGGGUUGUUACCACUGCCAAUACAGCAAUGUAGUGUUGUAGAUUUGUCACUCAGUCAACAAGGUGUUUUUGAUAAAGUCUUGAAGAUUGUGUUGGAUAUAGAGCGCCCUGAAUAUGAAAACCAGUAUAGAUCUAUAGAAUCUGAUCUGAAGCAUUAUCAACAGCAGUUAGAGAACACACAGAAUGCUAUUCUGCACAAGACUCUCAAUUUAAAGUUGAGUGUCUUAGAAGAUGGUGACAUGCUUCCUUCAUUGAUAAACUGUCAACAACAGACAUUUUCACUUCAGACAAGCCUCGCUGAAACCAAAGUAUUCGCUGAACAACUGGAUGAAAAAAGACGAAACUACAUCCCUGUUGCCAAACAUGGGUCUGUGUUGUACUCCGUUAUUAAGCAUUUUCCCAAACUCCAUCAGCUCUACCAGUUUAAAUUGUCAGCUUUUUUGAGUGUAGUUUCCACGAUGAUGAAAAGCCGUAGUCAAGGUAAAGCUGGUGCUAUGGGUGUGUCUCCAAAAGCUCGCACUAGUGAACUGAUCGAUGCACUCACACAGAGCAUACAUGAAUUUGUUUCAACGGCUGUAUCCAGUCAGCACUCACAGUUGUUCGCAUUCUUGGUUGCCAUGGAGAAGUUAAGAAUGACAGGCGGAGUAACCAAUCAGGAAUGGUCUAUAUUUGUUGAUGGAAUCAAUGAUGAUGUCAUGGAAAUUAAGGAUGUCAGACGAAAACCUGAUUGGAUGCCUCAAAAGGCAUGGAUAGACUUUGGAAUACUUGAAGGAUUGGAAGACUUUGAAGGAAUUCGAGACUCAAUGGUCAAAUAUGAGAAACAAUGGCAGGAAUAUUUUGAAUGCACACCAGUGUUGUUGUCUCUUGUUCCGGAUGACAACCAAGCUCACUUGAGUAUCAUACAAAAGGCAAUAUUAUGGAGAAUUAUCCAGCCACAUUUGCUAUACCAACUGUGUCAUGAUAUCACAGUCUAUCAGCUGGGAGCGGCCAUCGCUAAGUCUGAUAACUAUAACAUAUGCAAAAUACUGACAAACACUGAUCAACACACUCCCAUUGUCUUCAUUCGACCUGCAAGCUAUCAUAGUGAUGAUGCCUUCAGCUCUUCCAAAGGUCAUUGUUUAUUCGACCCUGUGUUGGAAAUGAUGCAUUAUGGAAAACAGACCGGCAUGGAGGGUUGCAUUCAUGUGGUAACAUUGGGAACACCGGUUCAAAUGGAUGAAGCAGUUCAGGUCAUCCAAGACAGCAUGUUGUCAGGACACUGGGUCAUACUGAAUAAUUGUCACCUUGCAGAGACUUGGACAAAAGAUAUUAUUAAACUAAUACAGCCAAUUUGUGAUCUGUUGUUUGCUGUGUCUUUACUUCACACUGUAUUGAACCAAAGACGGUUAUAUCACCAGAAUUCAUUGAUACAGGAUUGUUAUUGGUCUCAUGGAGAGUUACAAACUGCUAUAGAUUGCCUGCAGUCUGUGGCCAAAACAUGUGGCUUUGAAAUGCAUUCAGCAUUGCAGUAUAUAUUAGGUAAUGUAGUGUAUGGUGGCCAUACGCUGGAUCCCAAUGACCUUUCAUCCAUUAGAGCUGUGGCAGACGGGUGUUUGCUGCCUGUCAACCAUGACAAAUUGCAGGACCCAAAUAUGAUGGGAGUUGUAUCGUUGCUGAAAUCAUUGGUUCCCGAAGAUGAUAUCUCAGCAGAAGCUGAUGGAAGUUACCAUGGUUAUCAAGAAGUAUUUGAUAAGAUGAAGGAGACAGUGACCACUGAUCAGCUGGGUCUUGCAGAGACGGCGAAUGUGGCACUUCAGUCUUUACUCAGCAGGAAUUUGCUGGAUGGUUUGAAGAAAAUAGCUGGAAUGUCAAACUUUGGUCCCUCGUUACAAAUGGACAUACUGGACAACAUAUCACAGUGUUUGGAAGAUGUUACCAGUUACUUACAAAACCUGGCUCCACUGCCACAACCGCCUGAAGAAAGUCUCAGUUAUUUGAACAACUUCCUGGCUACCGAAGUGAUUCAGUGCCAGAAAUUAGUAAACAGAAUCCAUUCAGACAUCCAGUUGGCACUUACGGUCGCCAAAGGAGAGACUGCAUCCACCCAAGAAACUGAACGUAUGCUGCAGUCGCUCAAGAUGAGAACUGUACCUCAGUCCUGGCUGCCUGCAGAUUACCCAUCAUCCCUAGCUGUUAAGAAUUUCUUUGACAACUUGAAUUGCAGAAUCUUUGACCUGACAGAAUAUUGCGAUCCACAGAGGUCCACAGCUGUGUAUAAUUUGUCAGUUUUCAGUAAUCCUGGCAUGUUUCUACAAUGCAUUGUCAUGGAACAUGCCCGUAAGGAGUAUCUUGAAGUGCAACACAUCACGUUACACUCACAGGUUCUUGGCUUUAGUCAUAUUCCAUCCAGUAGCCCUGAAUUUGGAGUUUACCUGACAGGCUUACACCUACACAAUGCAUUCUGGGAUAGCAGACACGCGAGCAUCCUUCAUGCUGCAUACAAACCGUCACUAUCCAUUCCGUCACAGCUUCCUAUCGUCUGGUUGAAACCGGUCAAUGAGAAUGAGAAAAAUGAACAAUCAUAUCCUACAUUCCGCUGUCCUGUCAUUGCUGCAGUUGAACAGCGUGAGAGAUUCACUGAUAAGAGAGUGGUCUGUCACAUUGACCUACCAUGUACCAACAAUAUUGAACUUUGCCUGCAGCGAAGAAUUUAUGCAUCAUCGCAGAUAUGAAAUGUAUUCCUCGUCUGUCUGUUGUCAUGUCUACCAGAUUGGUAGAACCAUACAGCUG